AUUCUUGCCCAACAAUCUUCUUCUUUCAUCUUCAAACACACAACAACUCGGGGAAAAAGCCUCUCUCCAAUGGCGUUUCCUCGUAGCAGAUUCUUCACCUUCCUUCUAUUCGCUGUCUUAGUCAGUCCCGCCAUCUCUUCUCGCGUCUCAUCCUUCAUCAAGCUCCCCGCCUCCCUCGAUGAGUCCCUCUCUUCCUCUCUUGAGUCCUACUGCGCAAGCUGGAGACUGGCCGUCGAGACCGACAAUGCCGGAAAGUGGACGACGGUUCCUUCCCAAUGUGUAAGCUCUCUUGAAACUUAUUACAACAAAGGCCAGUUCGACAAGGACUACAGUGUAGUCGCUGGUUACGCCUACGCCUACGCUAAAACGAUCAAGCUGAAGGGAGACGGCAAGGACGCUUGGGUCUUUGACAUUGAUGAGACGCUCCUCUCGAACCUCGAGUAUUACAAGGCUCAUGGUUACGGGUCUGAGCCUUACAACUCGCUUGCUUUCAACGAGUGGGUUCUACAAGGUACAGCCCCAGGUUUUUCUGCGAGUUUGAAACUGUUUACCCGUCUCCAGAAUCUUGGUUUCACUCUCAUUCUGCUAACUGGCCGGGACGAGGCUCAAAGGAGUGUUACCGAGAAAAAUCUCCUGGACGCCGGUUAUUCCGGCUGGGAGUAUCUUCUGUUGAGGGGUCACGAAGAUCAAGGGAAAGCAGCUGCACAGUACAAAUCAGAGCAGCGAUCAAGAAUGGUUAAGAGAGGCUACAGACUCCAUGGAAAUACUGGUGAUCAAUGGAGUGACCUUCAAGGUUUUUCUGUGGCCGAUCGUUCUUUCAAAGUCCCAAAUCCAAUGUACUACAUUGCUUGAUCAUCGGCUAUUGCAAGAGCUUUUAAUAAUUUAUGUAUUAAUAAGAAGUUACGAAAGUCUUUCGUGAUUGGUCCGAAAACAACCAGUCUAGUAAUAUGUACCAUGUUCCUUUU